AUGAUUCCUGUUUCUUGUAGAUCAUCUCACGGCAUGAAUUGUCUGAUUUCAGUACCAGGAAUUGAAAAAAAGUUCUUCCUUCAUGAUGUGCUCCUCGCUCCGGAUCUAGCAUUCGUGGUUCCUGUCGAUGCACCAUGUUGCAGAGUCACGUGUAUAUCAAGAAGGCGAGCGUCGAUCCGUGGAGCGAUCGAGGAAGGACCCAGGACCCAGGACCCAGGACCCAGGACCCAGGACCCAGGACCCAGGACCCAGGACCCAGGACCCAGGACCCAGGACCCAGGACCCAGGACCCAGGACCCAGGACCCAGGACCCAGGACCCAGGACCCAGGACCCAGGUUCCAGGACCCAGGACCCAGGACCCAGGACCCAGGACCCAGGACCCAGGCUCCCCUCUAUGGAGCCCAGAGAAAGAGAGAACUGAUUCUUUCCUCCAAUUCUCUCUUCUUUUAUAG